AUGGCAGCAUGGAGCCACAAAACCAUUCACCAAAAUACCUCAUCUCAUUAUGUACCUACCCUUAAUAGCUACAAAGCAAUAAUCAUUAGCAAAAUAUCAGGACUUCGUCAAAUAUGUGCUGUUGAAGAAGAUAUAGUGGUCGACAAUUUCUCACGCAUAUGCAUGCUUUUGUGGAAAACGGCAACUUUAAAGCAGUCUGGCGGCCGUAUUACGCCCCUUAGGGGCAUGGUGACACUUGGAACACGUUCGGGCCGACCCAAGGAAUCGAAUGGACCCAGUCCCGAUGUCCUAGGGCCGCUAGGAACGCCAAUAAACCGCCUCAAAGUUGGCCAUUUUCACAUUUUUGCUAGAAUGCGAGGAAGCGAGGAGCGGAGGAUUUGCGGAGAAAAUUAUGGUGAAUGCUUGAAUUCAAGUCAUGAGAAGGGAUUAUGUGUUCUCCUGCAAGACUGUGAAUAUCUCGUCAAUGCAUUGCUAACGUCGCCAAGAAAGAACUCACACACCGAAUAUUUAAGCCGCAUCCAAUGUGGAAUAAAAAAUGAUAAACCAUUGGUAUGUUGUUUAAAGCUUACCUCAAAAGUUGCCUCAACGCUCGAUUCGCUGAACAGUAAAAUUGCCCUCUUACCUCGAUUUGAACAAUGCGCCCAAAGUACAACUGUACAAACGAGUAAUAAUGGAAAUAUCGCGAAAGUUAAACAGUACCCUUGGAAGGCUUUAUUGGAACACACUAAAGGCAAUCGUAAGCGAUACAAAUGUGAAGGGUCUUUAAUCAGUGCCAGUUAUGUUAUCACUGUUUCACAUUGCGUUAGUGGUCGUUUAUCACUUUUAAAAUGGCAUUUAACCGGCGUUCGAUUUGGUCAAUGGAAUUCUGAGGAAAAUUCUGAUUGUAAAAAUGGAAAGAAUGCGAAUAAUUCAUGUGCUUCGAGCCAUAUAAAUGUGGCAAUUGAAUAUGCUGUACCACAUCCCCUGUAUAGUUUAAAAGCUAAGAACCAACUACACGAUAUCGCUCUUAUUAGGCUGGCUGAGGUCGUACAUUUUACAGAUUUUGUAAAGCCGAUAUGUUUGCCUUUAAAUAAAGAGGAGCGAAUAAUCGACUUUAAGAGCUUGAUUAUGGAAGAAGCUGGAUGGAAUCUCAAUUUUAUUAAAACCAAGAUUCAAGGUGUUGCUGCCCUUAAAUAUCAUCGCAUGUACAUGAAGCGUAACAUUAGAUUAGCAAAUUCGCAAUUUUAUGUCGAAAGUCAAGAGCCGAGGUACACUUUGAGAAAGCUUGGUAGUCCUGCCGUCACAUUAUGUCCUAAUCCAUCUAAUGGAUGUAAAAGGAUACGCCCUUAUUACACGUUGGCUGGCCUUUUGUCGUUCUAUCCCCGAUCGAGCUAUAAGAUAAAAGUUUACACUAAAAUUCAGCAGUAUAUUGGAUGGAUUUUGGAAACAAUUGAAGAAUAAA